AUGUUUCGCGUUCUGGUUUUCUUGUUUACGGUUUUAGUGAAAUAUGUGUAUACCGGGUGUGUCACAGCAAACUUCAAUGCCGAAUGUAAGUCAGUUACGCAGUUGUCAGAGAGAUAUAUCAACGAAUCUCUGGAAAACUUCCAAAACAUCAAGGAAUUGCAUAUAAGAAACGAAGAUUCGGAGCUGAUCGUUUUCGAAUUUGCGUUUGCGCAUACAAAGCAGUUGCAAACUAUCAUGAUACGAAAUAGCCGCAUUCAGAGGAUAUACGAAAAUACGUUCAAAGAUUUACCAUUGAAAUUUCUCUACAUUAACUACGAUGGCAUUGAGCAAAUUAAAGCAGGAGCUUUCCAGAAUUUGCCAUCGCUGCAAAAAGUGGUGGCUAGCCACAACAAAUUGAAAACUGUUCCAAGAGGAGUAUUCAAGAAUUUACCAGCUUUAACAACUCUAACACUGUCCCAGAACGAUAUAUCAUCCGUAGAUGAGUCUGCUCUGGAAAAUCUUCCUCGGUUGAGUAAGUUACACCUGGAUAAUAAUAAAAUCGCGUCUAUUUCUAUGCACCGAAUGCUGAGCAAUCCUGAACAACUGGAAAUUCUCUGGCUCCACAACAACAGUUUGACCCUCUUAACUAAUUUCAUGCUACAAAAGCUGACCAAGCUGAAGCUACUGAAUUUGGGAUUCAACGACAUUACCGCCAUAGAAACCAGUGCUUUCGAACAAACUCCACAAUUGGAGACAUUAGUUUUGAUCAACAAUAAACUGAAAGAAGUGGACGGCAAUAUAUUUCCUAGAAGUGGUAUGGGCCAACUGGAUAAACUGUACUUGGAUAACAACGAACUGAUGUUUCUACCUUCGAGCUUCUUCUUCAGAUUGAAUGUUUUGAAAUGGGUUACCCUCGUUGGAAAUCCUUGGGAGUGUGCAUGUCUCGACAAUAUCUAUAGAAUUCUCUUGGAGAACGAGAUUACAGAAAAGUGUCAAUACACGUUUGUGGCAGGCCGAAGACCGAUUUGCGUAAGCAGGGAUGCUACGAAAAGAGUUUGCAGCUACAAAUACGACAGCGAAUUGAGUACGAUGUAUAUUAAUCAUAAACGAAAGUAUCCUAUCAAUGUUAGACCACUGACUUGCAUUUUGUGA